CUCAUCGCGCCAACAACACCGGGAAAACAACUGAUCGCACAAUCGGUUGCCAAUCGCCACCGAGUGGUAGAAAACUCGCUUGGUAAAGAGUGUUUGAGACGCGUUAAAAAGAAGUUGCAGCUGCGCGUGUUAAUGUCCUAUACUACAAUACACGUAGUUUGUGAAUUGUAUACGCGAGCGUUGUGUUUGUAGCGCUUUUAUGUACAUACGCAAACAUUUACUUAGAUUUAUGCUAUGUACAUAUAUUUGUAUGUACGAGUGUGUGCUAAUUUGGUGACUUUCUGUUUGAUACAUCCCAUUAAUGUUUUGCUUUUUGUUGCUACUGUUGCGCAUAUAGAUUAAAUUUUUGAGAAUUGGGUCACUGGAAAUAACAACAAAUCUAUACAUGUGUACAUACAUAUGUAUGCACCGGAGUAUACCGUAUAAAAUUUUGAUCAUUGACAGUGAGCGAAUGUUGUAGCCGUUAUACGUGAUCAGUGAAAAGUUCAUUGCAUACCACUCCGAUUUGAUAAGAAAAAGGCAAAGAUUAAGCAUGUCUUGCGAUCGUUUCCACAAAGCUGCUAAAGAUGGACUGCUGGAUGUGCUAAAGGAAGCCACACGCAAGGACGCCAAUGCCAAGGAUGAUGAUUCAAUGACACCAGUACUAUGGACUGCCUUUGAAGGACGUUUGGAUGCGUUGCGGCUGCUCUGUGGCAGAGGCGGUGACCCAGACAAAUGCGACCAGUUCGGCAAUACAGCCUUGCAUUUGGCCUCCGCCAAGGGUCACAUGCAUUGUGUCGACUUCCUUGUGAAGUUUGGCGUGAAUAUCUAUGCGCUGGAUAUUGAUCGUCAUAGUGCCAAAGAUUUGGCUGCCAUUAACAACCGCGAUGACAUCUUGCGCUACUUGGAUAGCGCCACUGCAAAUUUCGAGGCCAACGAGAAAAAAAAAGCAAAAGCUAUGCGCGAAGUAGCAGAGAAGAAUUGUGAAAAACGCAUGCGCGAGUACAUGAAACGCCAACAGAAGCUGGAAAACGAGCAUAUCGAUGUAAGCAGUAAAUCAGUGGCUGGUGCAUCCAAUGGUAAUAAGUCGAAUAUGUUGUCAACGCUUAAACAAAAGAUUUGGUCUAGCCAAGGCAAUCUGCAUAAGCCCCCAAGAGAAUCCGCGCCUGCUGCAGCGCCAUGCCCUAGCAUCAGUGGCGGCAGCGCUACUACAAAAUUCAGUGAGCUCGUAUCACAUGCCAGCGGCAGUUGCGGCAGUGUCGGCUCAAUUUCAAGUAGCGCUGGUACUAUGCAAAAGAAGUUGCGCUGCCAACAGCAUUUGCAUCAUUCCACCAAUAAAGCCGAUGAAACUGGCUUUAAGAUCGGGGGCAUCGAACCGGAUGGCAAACGUACAGUAACAUCUCUGAUAGGAGUGCAGCGCGACUCGGAGGUUUUGUAUGUGGGAACAUUCAGUUCGAACGAAGAGAGCAGCAAGCGCGGUAAAAUUAGUGACGUUUUCGAGGUCGAUGAGCCGAGCAGUGAUCGAGAACGUGAAACUACAAGGCUGGGGUAUGGCACUCUUUCACGUUCAUUCUCACAACCGGAUAUACUCGGGGAUUCGCUCGCAUCCACCGGACGACUUGGUGAUGAGUUCGCAAUGCAGCGACCAGUGGGGCUCUUCGAUCGCCCAAUGUUGGGCAGCAUAUCAUUUAGACGUUCUGUAACAGCAGCGCUCAGCCAAUUGCAACCAGAUAAUUACGCUGAACUCGACAUGGAAACGGGUACUACGAGUACAAGCACAGUAACCGGACGCCAGGCUGCUGCGACAACUACGACGAAAACUCGUAGCAACAAACAACGUUCUUUCCUCAAUAUAUCCGACUCGGAUUCUGAAGGCGCAGACGGGUACAGUGACGAUGAGCAAGAGAAUAGAGGUAGUGCAAUUGCUCGUUUUCUCACCGCCUGGGGCUUGGAGGAGUAUUUGGCUGUUUUCCAAAAACAACAAAUUGAUCUGGAUACUUUGAUGUUAUUAACCGAGGCGGACUUGAAGUCCUUGGCACUCCCCCUAGGCCCUUUUCGAAAACUUACUUGCGCCAUACAGGAACGGAAAAAUGCACUCGCCAAUCCUGGUGCAAUGACGGAUAGCCGUCUUUAAAGCAAAUACAUGCACAGUUAUAAACUUAGUUAUACAUUUAUUUACCAAGUUUGCUCGUUCAAGAGUGAUAAAGUAAAGUAAACAUUUCGUGGACAAUUCGAUUUAACAAGGAAAACAAA